AUGUCCAUGGUCCGACAGAGUUAUCCAAUCAUAAGUCAUCGUGCACGGGCCCUGAGGUUGUUUGAGCAAGUUUCUUUCUUACUUCUCUUAGGCAUUUGUUGCAAGAUCUUGCGCUGUUACGGAUACACGGCAUCAAACGGAUAA